AUACCAAAAAUUUUGAUAUUGAUCUUUUCUUUGAGGAAGAAGGAUUUGAAGAGCCUUUAGAAUUUGAUAUCAAAGAGGUAAGUAUUACUAUAAAUGAUGAGUUAGGAAUAGAUAAAUUUUUUGAUAUUAGUAUUUUUAAACAAGAUCAAGAAGUUAUUAAUGAAAGUUCAAGUUUAGCAACUCUUAUUAGUGCUGAAGAUUGGUCAAUUGAUGAUAUUUUUUUUCAAUCUAAAAUUUCAUAA